AUGAAUACGCCAGUGGUAGAGUUGGAGGAAGGGUGGGCAAUCCUGCAGAUGGGGAUCACAAAGGUGAUAAAUAUUAUUGAAGGCGUCCCUGGUGAAACAGCCAUGGACGCGGCUUUUUAUAUGAAGCUAUACACAGCAGCUUACAAUAUGUGCAAUCAGAAACCUCCUCAUCAUUAUAUCACACAGCUUUACGAAAGAUAUGAAGGUGUUUAUAAUGAUUACUUGCAAUCAAAAGUUUUACCAGCCAUUCAAGAGAAGCGUGAUAACGUAUCUAUGUUGCAAGAACUCGUUAAGAGGUGGGUAAGUUAUAAAGAUAUGGUAAGGAGGCUUUCUCAACCUUUCAAUUUUCUCAAUCGCAAUUAUGUUGCGCAUAAAAACCUUCCAAUGUUCAAAGAUGUUGGGUUUGGUUGCUUCCUUGAAAUUGUUGGUGCAGAGAUUGAAGUUCAGGUUAAGGAUGCUGUACUUUCGUUGAUUAAUAAAGAACGUGAAGGAGAGGAAAUCGAUCAAACGUUGGUCAAGAAUGUUUUAGAGAUUUUUGUUGACAUUGGAAAUGAAAAUGACGCACAAAAUAUGGAAUAUUACGUUAAUGAUUUUGAAACACCGUUUUUGAAUGAUACAGCGGAUUAUUAUUCUAGGAAAGCUUCAAAUUGGACACGAGAAGAGUAUGCGAUGAAGGCCGAGGAAUGUUUGAAAACGGAGAAAGAUAGGGCCUCUCAUUAUUUGCACUCUAGUACUGAGGAGAAGUUACUGAAGAUUGUUCAGGAUGUGCUUAAUACUGCUUAUACAAUUGCGUGA